AGGAUCUAAAGUUUUAAGGAUUUUGUUAUCUCAGAGGGGUAAUAAUUGAUUCUAAUCAACGUGGAUCCUAAAACUAAUUAUGUCAAAAAUACUGAUUUCAGGAUUUAAUGUUGAUUAAUCGUUUUCUUAUUUCUCUAAUGAAUACCAUAGACCCCCUAAGGUAUUAGAUCCUUCUUCUUCAUCGCCUUUUUUUAUUUUGUCAAAUAUAACUGUCCCUAUUUGUAUUCCGUUUCCUACACGCGAUACGCGUUAAUGUAAAUUCGUUGUAUUAUUACUUGAUUCAUUCAAAUCUCGAUGUCAAUGACAUUUCCGAUACAGGUGCCAGCAUGCAUCUUGCAUUGUAUAAUGCAUUUGCAAAGAUAAACGCGUUAUACGGGUUUCGCAAUUCAUAUGCACCCACACGCAUCCGUAUGAAUAUAUAAAGAACAAGUUUGUUGUUAUUCUAAGUACUUGAACUUGAAUUUCAAAGCGUGUAAUAUGGCCUUCGCAUUAGAGACCGUGUUGCUGAUGUUGUUCGGUGCUGUAUACAGUAGAGACACCGAAAUUGUUUUGUUGCAAUUAUGGAACGCAAAUGAAAACGCAGAGGUGCCUCUAAGUUUCAAAGCUUUCGAUCGGUCAGUCGACUUAAAGUUACGUAGGAACGACAAAAUUGUAGCGCCUCAAUUUCGAGUUUGGAAGCACAACGAUGAAGACGUUGUGGAAGAAUUACCAAAACUUAGCAACCCUAUCUCCUGUCAUUAUCUUCAUAGAGACGACUUUAGCUCGGCGGCGAUAAGUCUUUGCAAAGGAAACGGGAUGCAUGGUCUUGUGUUUUUGGAGAACAUCACCUUAGAGAUUACACCGCUCCAGGAUGAAGAUACUUUAUUCUUAAAUGAUCAUUAUAUCAGACAGCGUUCAGAAACCUUGGGAGAGCCUCAUAUCGUCAAGAGAGCCCAAGGUUCUGCUCUAUUUUUUGAAGACCAACCGAGGUAUUACGAAUGGCUGGACAAUGACUUGAUGAAACUUGAGGAAACAAGAGAACCCCUCGAGAAUACCGUCCAGAAUGAUGCAUUAACCUUAGAAUUGGCGGUGUUCUUCGACGAGGCUGGAUACAACCUCUUCUCGCCAUUUUUCAACAGAAACGACGAAGAAGUUCGCGAUAUGCUUCUAGCGUACAUAAAUGGCGUACAAGCGAUUUAUCAUCACCCAAGUUUGGGAACCACCAUAGAUAUCUCUUUGGUGCGGUUAGAAAUCAUGCAGAAACAGCCGCGUGAUCUUCCGCACCAUGACGGGGAGAGAGGUCGUCUGUUGGAUUCGUUUUGCAGUUAUGCAAUGAAAAAGAAUCCUGAUGAAUAUCAUCCUAACCAUUGGGACAUGGGACUAUACGUUUCCGGUCUGGACUUUUAUGUUGUUGAAGCUGGGCGGAAGAAUAGUGCCACUAUGGGACUAGCAGUGGUAGGAGGAUUGUGCAUCGAUCGAUAUUCUUGCGUUAUCGCUGAAUUAGGUGUAACCAAUCAAUUUGGAAAACCAUUUCCAUCAGCAGGGUUUACCUCUGUCUAUAUAGCCGCGCAUGAGAUUGGACACAACCUAGGGAUGCACCACGACUCCACUGGAAAUACGUGUCCAAAGGACGGGUACAUAAUGUCCCCGAGCAGAGGGUUGCACGGUGAGACCAUCUGGUCGGAUUGCAGUCGCGACCUGGCGCAAAGGUUAUCUUACACGAAACUAUGUCUCACGGAUAGGCCGACCGCUCAAACGAAUCCUCACCUGGAUCACGCUCGAUUCUAUGAUUUACCGGGCAGAGAAUGGACCGGUAAAAAGCAGUGCGAAUUUCUGUUGCGCGAUAAAGACGCCAGCGUCGCCACGUGGUACAAAGCGUGCGAGUCCCUGCAAUGCAAGACUCCGCACAGAAGCGGUUACUACUUCGCUGGACCGGCGUUGGAUGGAACUUACUGUGCGCCAGGAAAAGAAUGCCGCGGCGGUGAUUGUAAGAAUAUUUUGCAGAUUCAUCCAGGAUCGGAGAAACCGUUCGUUCAAACGGGAGGUUGGAGCGAAUGGAGAACCGGCUCCUGCGGCAGCGGUUGUCUUUCCAAGUCCACCGGUGCUCAGACUAGGCAACGAUUCUGUAACAAUCCAACCCCUAUGAACACGGUAAUCGGUUGCGAGGGUGCUCGUUACGACGUUGUUCUUUGCAAAGACGAUCAUCUUUGCAAGAAGAAUCGCAAGAGCAUCGUCGAGUUCGCGGCGCUGAAAUGUGCAGAGUUCAGCGAAAGAUUGCCAGAAUUAGAUGGCAAGGGUGGCGGUCUACAGGCGCCUCACGAACGCGAAAGACCAUGGAUGGCCUGCGCUAUAUUCUGUCGACGAAAAGACAUAGCAUCUUAUUACACUCCGCGCGUGGAAUUAAACGACCUUGGCCUUGACCCAUACUUUCCAGAUGGGACAUGGUGCCACGCCGAGGAGGGACAAAAUUAUUUUUGUCGCCAGCAUCACUGUUUGCCGGAGACCUUUCGUUUCGAGAAAAUAAUCUUGCAGGAUCGUCAACAGAUCGACGAAGAUAUAGAAUUUGGUCCCCAGAAUGCUCAUCCCGGUGGGCUUGGUCUCGAUGAUCAAAUAAUUAAGUAUCUUAGCCUAGGGUCGGAUGGUUUGCCUCUCUUGACCUCUUUGUCGCACAGUAUUGGAUUUCCACCGGACGAGGACGAAUGGAUCGAUAAAGAUUACGUUGAGUUCGCGAAAAGCACUGAAGAUGUCUUUAGAGUUAUCUAGUUGGAUGAGAAAUUAGCGUGAUUGAUUCUUUUCGUUACCAUGAAUUGAAUGAAUUUCUUAUUUUUCUAAGAUAAAAGGUUUGGAACAGUUGGUAGAAAGUCAAAACAUAUACAGGAUAUUUUUGUGGUGUCUACUUUUA